AAUCCGUCCGACCAACCAGUGUUCGCUACUGCAUUGUUGAGAACGGGCGAGGCUAAGGAUGCAUUGGCAGAAGUACAAAAACGACAUAAUGAUAUCAGACAAAUCGAGCAAACUAUCUCGGAAUUAGCCGAUUUAUUUAAGGAGAUGAGUCUGCAGGUUGAAAUUCAAGAUCAGGCUUUGACUGACAUUGAAAGCCAAGUUCAGGACACUAGAGUGAAGAUAGAACAAUCCAACCAACAAUUAGGAGAAGCAACUCGGCUUGCUUUUAGUGCCAGGAGGAAGAAAUGGUAUUGCUUUGGUAUUUCAGUAGUG